AUGCCUCGCGACCCGCUAAUCGGCCUCGUCGGCAAGCCUUCGUCCGGCAAGUCGACUACACUGAACAGCUUGACAGAUGCUACCUCCAAAGUCGGUCCAUUUACCACCAUCGACCCUCAGCGCGCCAUCGGUUACCUUCAGAUCGAAUGCCCAUGCGCGCGCCUCGGUCUCGCUGAUCGCUGCAAACCCAACUACGGCGGCUGCGUCGAAGGACGGCGGUCGGUCCCUAUAGAACUUCUCGAUGUCGCCGGGCUCGUACCAGGCGCACACAUGGGAAAAGGCCUCGGAAAUAGGUUCUUGGACGACUUGCGACAUGCAGAUGCGCUUGUACACGUGGUGGACGUGAGCGGGACGACUGACGCGGAGGGCAAGGCGACAAGAGGCUACGACCCAAGUCAAGACAUUGUCUGGCUGAGGAGCGAGAUUGUGCGAUGGAUACAAGGCAACCUGAUGGAGAAAUGGGGCAGUAUCAAGAGGAGGCAUGUCGCCAUCAAAGCCACGGCAGUCGAGACACUACAGAACCAGUUCUCAGGUUACGGAUCCACGUCCAGCGUCGUUGCGCGCUGUCUCGAUCGCCUUGCCCUCAAGGAACCACUACAAGACUGGUCAAACGAGACCAUCGAACGAGUCGUAAACGCCUUCACCGACGAGAAGUUUCCUACCGUCAUCGCCCUCAAUAAAAUCGAUCAUCCCGACGCAGACAAGAACAUUGCGAAGAUUGCGAAACAGGUAGAUGCCAAGAGCAUAGUGCUUUGCAGCGCGAUAUCGGAAGUCUUUCUGCGGAAACUAGCGAAACAGGGCUUCAUCAAAUACACAGAGGGCAGCGAGUUCGUCGAUACAAGAGAAGACUUGAUUGAGCAAGGCGACCCCGAUGGAGGCGGACUGAAGGAGUUGGACGAGAAGCUCACAACACGAAUCGAGAAUCUUAAAGACAUGGUCCUCUACCGCUUUGGCAGCACAGGUGUCGUGCAGGUCCUGUCGCGAGCGGCAGAACUCCUCGGACUGGUUCCAGUCUUCCCGGUCCGCAACAUCCACGCGUAUACCAGUGGAAGUGCGAGCUCGACGGCUGUCUUUAGAGAUUGCGUGCUUGUUAAGAAGGGUAGCACAGUGGGUGAUGUGUAUAGGAAGGUUAUGGGUGACGCGCCGAUGGCGUAUGUCGAGACGGAGGGUGGGAGGAGAGUGGCGGAGGACGAUGUUGUUGCUGUGGGAAAGAACGAUAUAUUGAGCUUCAAGGUUGGAAGGGCAUAG